AAAUCUAUUUACUUGUCAAACAAUCUGUAGACACGUCACAGGUUAAAAGAUUUCAAGAAAAGCAGAGUGUCUCUUGAAAUAAAUUGCUGAAACGUUGUGCCGCAAUUUAAGCACCGGGUUUGAAAAAGCGCGUACGUCGUACGCAACAAAAAGUAAUUCUGGUGAAUCUCCCAAACCUUGCAGAAAGUAACCAACAGCUGGUGCUGCUUUGUAAGAAAACAGGCGCACUCCUCGCAUACCGGCAGAUCAACGUCCGCUCUAGACCUCCAAAGCGAAGUAACAGCACACGGCACAGUCGUUUUUAAUUCAUUACGUCUGGCAGUUCAAUAUUGUGAAAAUUAUUGUUCUUCUUAGAUAAUUCAAAAUGGCAUCGGGUGUCACCGUUUCUGAUGCGUGUAAGACAACGUAUGAGGAAAUAAAGAAAGACAAGAAGCAUCGCUAUGUGAUCUUUUUCAUCAAGGAUGAAAGACAAAUUGAUGUGGAGGUAAUAGGAGCUCGGGAUGAAGAGUACGACCAAUUCCUUCAAAAUUUACAAGCAGGAGGAGCGGGAGAAUGUCGCUAUGGUCUCUAUGACUUUGAAUACAUGCAUCAGUGUCAAGGCACAUCGGAGUCUUCUAAGAAACAAAAAUUGUUCUUAAUGUCCUGGUGCCCUGAUACCGCCAAAGUUAAGAAGAAGAUGUUGUAUUCAAGCUCAUUUGAUGCUCUUAAGAAAUCAUUGGUAGGUGUACAGAAGUACAUACAGGCGACGGACCUGUCUGAAGCUAGCCAGGAGGCUGUGGAAGAAAAGCUCAGAGCCACUGACCGUCAGUAACCUGUUGCUAUUCUCCUUUAAGUUACGACUGUCUUGUCUACUCAACGCACCGACCUACCAAGGUGUAUUAUUUAUAUAAGUAUUUGAAUAUUUAAUAAAGCUUCAUUUUUAAAUUGUA